GGAUGGGACCGCGCCGCGCCCGCCGCGUCCGCGCGCUGCAGCUCUGCCUGGGUUUUCAUCUUCUACAAAUAGUUCUCAGUACCACUGUGAUUCCUUCAUGUAUCCCAGGAGAAUCUGAAGAAAACUGCACAGCUUUAGUUCAGACAGAAAACAAUCCACGUAUGGCUCAAGUGUCAAUAAUACAGUGCAGCCCUGACAUGAAUGGCUACUGUUUGCAUGGACAGUGCAUAUUCCUGGUGGACAUGAGUGAAAAAUACUGCAGGUGUGAUGUGGGUUAUGGUGGUGUUCGAUGUGAGCACUUCUAUUUAACGGUCCAACAACCAUUGAGCAAAGAAUAUGUAGUUCUGACUGCGAUUCUUGGUAUCUUCAUUCUUCUCUUUGUCGCUGGUUCCGUAUACUACUUCUGGAAAUGGUACAGAAAUCAAAAAAGUGAAAAAUCAAAGGAGGAGUAUGAAAGGGUGACCUCAGGAGAGCUGGUAUUGCCACAAGUCUGAACGGUGCCAUCAAGCUAUGAGCCAGGAUGCACAC